AGAAAAAUUAUGGCCAAAAUCGACGCCCUACGUCGGUUCCUUCUUCCUUGUUUCUUUCCCCCCGCCGCCGGCGCAACCGCCACCGCCACCUCCGCCGCCCCCAAGAAAAGACUAAGCACCUCCCUUCGCGACGACAUCGAAACCACCGCCGCCACCAAAUGCGAUCCAACCCAAGACCAAGAUUCCCCCCAAGGAUCUCCGGCCACCACUCCCGACAGCGCCACGCCGAAGUUCGCCGCCGCCGCCGUCAUGGCCGCACCGCGCCCGUCGAAAUCCAUGGUCAUCGGAACAAUCUUCGGCAACCGGCGCGGGCACGUGUGGUUCUGCGUCCAACACGACCGCCUCCGGACCAAGCCGUUUCUUCUACUCGAGUUCCCGAUUCUGACGCACCAACUCGUCAACGAAAUGCGAUUCGGACUCGUCCGAAUCGCCCUGGAGUGCAGCCGGGUCGAGCUCGGGUUGUGCCCGCUCCGUUCGAUACCCGUCUGGGGAAUGUCCUGCAACGGCCGGAAACUCGGGUUCGCGGCGAGGAAAAAGGCCGGGGAUCGGGUCCGAUUCAUGCUCAAGACUAUGCAAUCGACGACGGUCGGGGCGGGCGUUAUUCCAUCCGGAUUCGGGUCGGGUUCGGAGGAGGUGAUGUAUAUGAGAGCUAAUUAUGAGCACGUGGUGGGGAGUUCUGACUCGGAAUCGUUUCAUCUUAUAAACCCGGACGAGUGCCCAGGUCAAGAACUCAGUAUUUUCUUGCUCAGAUCUCGAAAUGGGUAAUUAAAUUUCCAAAUGGAUAGCUUUAUUUACAAAUUUCCUGUACAUUUUCGAAAAAAAAAAAUUCUCUCUUUGGUUUUGGGUAAUUUUAGGAUAGAAAAAAGGGGUUCGU